AUGUCGAGCGCGUGUAUCAUCUGCCAUAAGAGGAAGGUGCGAUGCGAUCUGUCGACCCGCAGCCCUUGCAGCAACUGCAUCAAGUCUGAUCUAGAGUGCAUGCCAUAUACGCGAAAGCGCAAAAGAUUUACAAAUAGCUUGUCGCCAGGACGUCUACCCAGCAGUGAUUCGGCGAGUCGCCAUGCGUCACAGGCUCCCGCCGACACGUCUGUAGACGGCGCGCUGCGGCAAUCGCGAUUGUCGUCUUUUGGCGACAACGCGACGCCUGUGACGCAAGACGGUGGGCUCAACGUACUGACGCCCGCGGGUAAUGACGAGCCUUUCGUUAAGGAGGAGAGCUACCGCGGCCGCAGCGAGUAUCUGGGCGGGAGUGUGCCGUUUGAUGAAAACAUGGUGAAACCAGGUCAUGAAACGAGCUACGCCAGCGAGAAUACGAAGGCAUCCGCGGCGGAUCUGCAGAUGCUACGUGAGCAGGGCGCGUUUGAAUUGCCACCAUUGGCUGUACAGAAUGAAUUGUUGAAGAGUUUCAAUAAAUACUGUGCACCCUGGACGCCGGUCGUCGAUCCAAAGUGGCUUGAUCAAAGUUCGCCUCCGUCGAUGCUACUCUUACAAUCGAUCUUCUUGGCUGGGAGCAGAGUAUCCAAGGCCCAUCUGGACUAUGGGUCGAGCGAGGUCUUCUACCGACGGGCAAAGUUGCUAUUCUUCUUUGGCGGGCGAAAUAAUUCUUUGAUCUCAAUUGUGGCCGCUUGCUUGCUGCACUGGUAUAAUCCGGUGGGACCGGAGGAUGUCUCGACGGAUACUAGUGGCUUUUGGAUUCGAACGGCGGGGGCCAUGGCAUUUCAGAUUGGUCUGCACAAGGAGCCUCCUCCAAACGCACAAGACCGUGGCCUGCGCCGAAGAUUGUGGUGGUCUCUCGUGAUUCGAGAUAAUGUCAUCUCGGUUGGAGUGGGCAGACCUCGUACAAUCAAUCUUCGAGACAGCGAUGUCCUCCCCCCAUCAAUGGCCGACUUCCCCGUGAAGGACUUCCGGGCACAGCUUUUCUUGGCCUAUUGCACGAUAUCUCGCCAUUUGGGAGAUACCGUGGAGUGUUAUCUGCGUCGAGAAAUAUCUCGACAGCGACGAAUCGACCUCGAAAAUGCCAUAUACAGAUGGGCUAAACAGGUUAUUCCUAAACUUCGAUCAUCUGCCGCGCUACAAGAAGACGCGGUCACUUCACAUUUGGAAGUCCAGCAACUGUCAGUCAUGUACUUUGUAGUCCUGACCACUCUACACAGAUCAUCUACACCGGGUAGCGUGCCACCUGCAGUGUCUCUUGUGGCAUCCUCGUUUAUCGCAGGAAUCUACGAGGAAUUUCUUUUGCGCGAUGAACUUCGCUAUCUAGGCCCGGUCUUUGCUUUUUACCCUCUUUGCAGUGGGUUGUCAUUGCUUUCCAGCUGGCGCUAUUCCCACUUGCAAAGUACAGCAGAGCACGAGUUGACCGUGAUCAAGCUUUCCCUUCAGAAACUUUCAGAGAGAUGGCUUUCGGCAGUUGGUCCACUACGAGCCCUGAACAAAUUGACAGAAAAGGUCCGGGAGCAAGGGCUCUUUGACAGUCAACCACCAACACUGGACAUCGACACGGCUUCUUUCUUUGAUGGCUUUGAUUUGAAGCUAUGCAAGCAGUGGCGCCUGAUUGGACAGUCCACAGAGGGCGAGCAGACAGUGGCGGCUUCAACGGCUACAUGCUCCUUGGCUGAGGUUCAAGAGGCUGAACCUGCCGGUGUCCUCUCAUCGCUGAAUACCCACGUAGGCGUGAGUAUGGAUGAUUAUGGUCUGCCUACUCUUGAUACCAGUAUGGAGGCAUUCACCAACAGUUGGGAGGGAUCUGGGUUUGAUUGGAGCGGCUCUUGGCUGCUGAACAUUUGA